CCCCCCCCCCCCCUCCCGGGUCCGGUCAGGCGCUGGGGGCGGGGCGGGGCCGGUUGGGUCGGUAACGGCUGCGGCUCGGCGGGGCCCGGCCGGCGGGGGCGGCCGCACGAUGAUCAAGGCCAUCCUCAUCUUCAACAACCACGGCAAGCCGCGCCUCUCCAAGUUCUACCAGCGAUACAGUGAAGAUACGCAGCAACAAAUUAUCAGAGAAACUUUCCAUUUAGUAUCCAAACGUGAUGAAAACGUCUGCAAUUUCCUGGAAGGAGGCUUAUUAAUAGGUGGAUCUGAUAACAAACUUAUUUACCGACACUAUGCCACCUUGUAUUUUGUGUUCUGUGUGGAUUCCUCAGAAAGUGAGCUUGGCAUUUUAGACCUAAUACAAGUAUUUGUGGAAACAUUAGACAAAUGUUUCGAAAAUGUCUGUGAACUGGAUUUAAUUUUCCAUGUGGACAAGGUCCAUAAUAUAUUGGCUGAAAUGGUCAUGGGUGGAAUGGUUUUGGAGACCAACAUGAAUGAAAUUGUCACUCAGAUUGAUGCUCAGAAUAAACUGGAGAAAUCUGAGGCUGGUUUAGCAGGAGCUCCAGCCCGGGCUGUUUCAGCUGUAAAGAAUAUGAAUCUGCCAGAGAUCCCAAGAAAUAUUAAUAUUGGCGACAUCAGUAUAAAAGUGCCAAACCUGCCCACUUUUAAAUAACAUGGCUACUCCAGGUAAAACCAAGGAAAAAUGUAAAAGAGGUUUACCACAUAAUUGUUUACUGAAUAAACAACAUGUCUAACUUUUACUAUUUGGAUAAAACUCAAGGUACUGUAUAGACAUUAUUUGAAAAAUCAUUGUGUGGAGUUGAAUAUUGCUUUUGUCUUGUUUGUGAAAUUAAAGGAAAUGGGUAGUUCCCGCGUGAUUUCUAAAUUACAUUCCUACGCCCUUGUAAGGCAUAUCACUGUGUCUCGGCUGCUGCAGUAUUUUGGGAAAGUAUUUAAGAUGUUCUUUACUUUGUAUAACCUAUAAUGCUGAGUUUUUUUGUAUGUUCACUAAGGUCUAUAAUUAGUGCAUUCCUUAACUACUUCUGCUCUUUGUCAUGAUUAUUUAAGUGCAAAUAUUGCAUGAAAACAUUAAACCUUUGUUUUGUUUAAAUAAAAUCAUAACAAACUGGACUUCUAAAUACCUGUUUGUCUGCUAUCUACUCAUUACAAUAAAUCACUUUUAUUUCCUAUUCAUUGAGCCUGUUGACUACAUGUAAAUACUGUUGCAGCAAGCAUUAAUGUUGUAUAUUAAUCUCUGAAGGUAUUACACUGGAGUGUUGUAUUGAACAUACUGGCUCUUAACAUUUCUCACAAAUGCUGUUCAUUGCUAUCCUGAAGGAAAUACUGCCUUUACUGAAGGUCUGAUGACUUUUGUUUACAUAUAGAUGUUGAGAAGAUCCUUACACAAUCUGAUAGACUUUUUCUGAUGGUCUGACUCUGGGGGGAAAAAGGGAUUCAGAAGGGUUUCUGCUGUUGCCUGUGUGUGUUGUGGGAAAGCACAGAAUGGGCUGAAAUGAUUGGGCAGCUCAGAACUGUAAAUGUAUCAAGUAAUGUGAGAAGGAAGAGGACUCUGCAAAGAUACUUAAAAGGAUACUUUAAUAGGGCCUCUGUGUCUGGUGAAUUUGCAGUUCUCUGCUUGGAGAUUUAUGACCUUCUUAGUAUUGUCAAGACCUCAGAAAAUCUAAGUACUAUCACGUCUGUGUAAGUUGCUCAGCUCUUCAGCUUUUCUGUGAUUUAAAAAAAAUAAAGGAGGAUAGUGAUUAAUUUUUAUAGUCAUGCUCUUAAGCUCUGUGUGAUGUACAAAACUCCUCAAAUGAUAAAAACUCUUCAAAUAAUAAAAUCAUCAUUCGCAUAUUUAA